UAUUUGUUUGUGCUUUAUAUUUUGGGAUCUUUGAUGCAGUAGACAUUGAGAGAAGCUGAUUGUAAACAGGUUCAGAAAUCAGUACCAUGGCAUCUCUGGGGCUUCUCUUGCUUGUUGCAGCAGUGGUUCACCUCUGCACUGCAGAACCACAGUCACUAAAGGUGACCACCAUUAAGCAAGAACCUUACACAAUGCCAAAAGGCUCAGAGUUUGAGGGCUUCUGUAUGGACUUGCUGGCUGCACUUGCAUCGAAACUGGACUUCAAGUACAAUGUUCGCUUGGUGAAAGAUGGAAAAUAUGGGUACAUGGACGAGCAAGGCAACUGGGUUGGGAUGAUUGGAGAAAUUGUGAGAGGGGAAGCAGAUCUGGCCAUGGCUCCACUUACCCUCACCGCUGUUCGGGAGUCAGCUGUGGACAUGACCAAGCCAUUCAUGCAGACAGGCCUUAGUUUUAUCAUGAGAAAGGACAUUGCCUCAGAUGAUUCGCAGUACCUUAGCUUUUUAAACCUCUUCUCCAGUGAAAUGUGGAUCAGCCUGCUGGUUGCUUAUCUUCUUACCUCCUUCUGUGUCUUUUUGGUGGCCCGAAUCAGCCCUUCUGAAUGGAGCCAGCCACAGAUGGAGGAAAAUCACUUUACCAUCUCACACAGCUUCUGGUACACUAUUGGAGCCUUAACACUUCAAGGCGCUGGUCCACACCCCAAGUCCUUCUCAGGACGGGUGAUUACUGCCAUCUGGUGGUUGUUUUCAUUGGUUAUUUUGGCCUGCUAUUUCGCCAACCUCAAUGCUUGGUUGCACAUGGAUAACAAGCAGCUCUCAGUUAAGAGCUUUGAAGACCUGGCGAACCAAAAUGUCAUUGAUUAUGGGACAAUUAAGGGCUCCUCCUCGCUUGCUUUCUUCAAGAACUCCAAAAAUGAUAUCUACCGGCGCAUCUAUGAAAACAUGGAAAGAAAACAGUCCUUUGCCCCGUCAAUGGAAGACGGCAUCCGUAUGGCUCAGGAGGGGAAAUAUGCCUUCAUUGGAGAGUCUGUGUCUCUUGAUCUGGCUGUGACACGUUACUGCAACCUAAUGCGUUGUCCUGAGACCAUCGGCAUGAGAGGCUACAGCAUUGCGGUUCCUUUGGGCUCUCCCAUGCUGAAAAACCUGAGUAUCGCCAUUCUCCAGCUGAGCGAGUCUGGAGAACUGGAUUUUCUGCGUAAUAAAUGGUGGGCGAGCAGCUGCAUGGCAGAAAAUGCACAGGCCUCAUCUCUGAAGCCCAGCAGCCUAAAGGGUGUCUUCCUGCUUUUGGCUCUUGGCUUAGGGCUGGGACUCAUUCUGGCCCUCAUGGAGCUGACUGCCAAAUCACGAAACAUUGCUAACCUACAGCAGAAAUCCUGUUGUUCCGUCUUGACUACUGAACUCGGUCAGCGGUUUGGAAAAAGGGAGGAGAUGCAAGCAGAAACCACUGAGAAGUGCAAAGCUUAAAUCCACUCAACAUUAUUAGAACAGCAUUUCUGUUCAUACAAUCAGCUUGUUUUUCGGUUUCGAGCAAAAGAUCCCAGCGUUCACUUUAGGAAUGGUUAGUUUUAACUGCUUAUGAAAAGCCAUUGCUAUUUGCAUUUAUCAUCAUGACAACUUUUUAAUUCACUUCACAGAAUUUAAUUUGGACCUUGAAAAGCACUUUUAUGUUUACUGACUAGUUUUAGAUUAUAAAAGCAACAAUUCAGUCGGUCAUUCAUUCCUGCAUGCAUAUUGAUCUAGCAGUAUACAGUAUGUAGAAUAUAUAUGGUAACUUCUAUUCGAACAUUUUAGUUAUGUAAGCGGAGGAUUUUUUUUUCUUUUUCCAGAGUAGAUUUCAUCUGAACAAAAAUAAAAUAAUAAUAAUAACACUUGGUUUUGAAUGUACUGGAAAUGAGA